AUGGAUGUCCCUGCCACUCGCCCCGAGGUGACGACCACCGGCAUCUACGGCGAGGAACUCAGCCAGGUGCGGCAACGUCUUAUCCGCAACGACCUCUCUUGGUGUGGCGACCUCACUGCUCGUACGCAGGUGCUGAUUGUGGGCCGCGUCGCCCCCGUUGGCUCGCGCAAGCUCGCCGUGGCCCGCUCAAGACGAUUGCCGUGUGUGUCCCCCACCUGGGUCACCGCUGGCGCGUGCUCGCUGGACUCCACGGACGCCUUUGACGUCUGCCACGAGCUGUCCGGUAGGGAGGUGUGCACGACGAGCCUGAACCACCUGGAGCGCGAUCGCGUGCAGGCGGUGUGCACGGCGCGCGGUGCACAGUACAACCUGCUUCUCACGCGUCAAUGCAGUCUGCUCAUUGCACCGACUUCGGCGCUGGCCUUUACGUCGCCGUCCGCCGCUUCGCCAGCCACCGCCAACGACAAGAUACGGUUUGCACGGAGGCAUGGCAUCUGGACUCUCUCCGUGGAGGAGUUUGCUCUGCGCUAUGGUGGUGAGUCAGUGCCAAAGCAGGACCUUGCUUCUACCUCCCCCGGUGUUGUUUCUAGGUCGCAGCGAGAUGCUCAACAGCUCCCUUCGCUCAGAAGGUCCAGCGGACUUGGCGAGAGCAGCAGUCACAUCCGUCAUGACGUGCUUGUGGAGCUCAAAGGGGACAUGAGCCGUGAUGCGACCACCUCUGCGGAUCCUUCGAGCAACCUCAUUACGCGUGACGUUCUGGUGUCUCGCUCGGUGCGAUGCACGGCCCUCUCCGUGCAAUCCGCCCCCUCUACGCCGCGCCCUAGUGCCGCAGCUGUUAACACUGUGGAGACCUAUAAAGCAGCCUCUGCGCUGCACUCUUUAGACGUGGAGGAGAGCUUGCACCACGGCGUGGGCGUUGCCUUGAGUGCGGUUCAGCCCACUCUGCCCUCACAGCUGAGCGCUAUUGCGGCCACUGGUGCUUCCGUCGCUCCGUCCCAGUCCCCGCGGUCGCUGGAGGGUGAGUUUUCGGACGUUGUGGCGUACUGCAGCCCUCCGCAUUGCCUGACGACCGAGCAGCACGACCUGCUCUGUGGUAUGGGAGUGGGCAUCGCGUCGCAGCUGACUCCCUUUACAACGCACGUGCUCGUACUUGGCGAGACGGUGGAGGAGUGCCUGUACCCUCGGCCCGGCCUGCAGAUUGUCUCGUGGCGGUGGGUGUCCCAGAGCCAGCUGGAGCAGCGGCGGCUCUCGUGUGCGGGCUUCCGCGUUCACCUUGAGUUCCAUCCUGUUGUCACCUUCACUGGGCUGUCGGCCAGCGACAAGCACGAACUCGUGGCGGCGCUCCGCCACUCGGGUCUGCCGUGUGAGGUGCAGGAGGCGUUGGUACUCGGCGGGGCAGUGCGGAAGCCCGCCUUCCCAGCCGACGCCUCGAGGGAGUCGUUUCUACCACGCAGCACGACCCAUUUGGUGUCGCUUCGUCACCAGCUCCUUGAAUCGCAGAAGGUGGCGGUGCUCGCACAACAUUGCCUUCAACACACACGGCGUCCUUCCGCUUCUUCCCUCGCCUCUUCCUCGCUCUGCCGGCUGGUCGGUGUGGAUUGGAUAUACCGGUCGAUCCAACACGGCCAGUGGCUGGACCCUGAGUUGUUCACGCUAACCCUUCCCCAUCCAGAGGCGUUUGUGUUGGCUGCGGCACGCAAAACAAAAAUGGCAGAGAGGCCGUUGUCGUCGCUGUGCCACCACUCGCAGUCGUUAGGCAUGGUGCGCUCCUCCGCAGUGACCGGCGCCGCACCUCUGCCUCUUCCGCAGCGGGGGCGUCCGUCCUCGCAGCCGAGCCCUUCGCCGUCUGUCGCCACGGGGAUUGCAACGGCGUGCGCUUCCUCGCAGUUCGCACCACCGCCUCCGUCCCUUCACUACUCGGGCCGCUCCCCUCCGCGAGCAGAGGCCGUGGUGGUUAUGGAAGGGUUGGAAGAGAGGGAAGAGGAAGAAGGCGCCGCCCUAUCUCAACCCAACGCUCCUACCACCUCGAAUGAUGCGCCGGGUCUGCUGCACGGCUCCCCGCUGUCUUCGUCGACGCCGCUGCCGGUAGUGCAGCAAGAUGAAGAUGAUGAGGCGGCGGGCGGGGAGUCGCCAUCGGCCACCGCAGCGUUCCGCUCCGCUGUGCAGGCGAUACACGCGUCCCAGCCGCCGCGACCUUCGCAGGCGGAGCGUCAGGCGUCGACGUCGUCAUCGUCUGGUCAACACGGUGGUACCGGUAGCAGCACCAAUAAUACUAGUGAUGACGACCAUGGUGGCGACGGUGGCGGUGCGUCUCCAUCAGAUAACCACCCCACCUUGUCGCUGCAGCACACGGCUCAAACUGGCACUUCGUACACCUUCCUAGGCACGCAGUACUCCCCAACUUUUGAGAACCUGCUUGGUGAGUUGGAGGCCUUCCCACCGAGUGUUCUGGGCGGUGGCGUGCCGUUUUCUUUACUGGGGGAGCCGGCCCGAAUUCAGUUUGCGAACGCGUUGUCGCUGGCGGGGCAGAUCAGUGACGCCUCGCGUGCGCAGGAUGCGGAGUCGGCGCUGAACUCGCCGCCCACGUUUGUCAGCGCGCACGAGUGGCAGCAGCAAACGCAGCAAAGUGUGUUACAGCGCGCCUCGCUGCACCGCCAACGCCUUCCGCCGCGACAGCAGCCGUUUUCCCUGCCCGGCGGCAACAUAUCCGACGAGUCGCAAGUGAUAUUUUACCAAAUGGGAGUAAGUGACCACGGUGCCGUAAGUGCUCCCUCUCCAGGUGGCUCGCAAAGCAAUCCGCAGACGAGCAACGCAGACGCUGUGCUAGGCUCUGCCACGACAGCCUCCUCCGCUGCUACGAAGGCGACGCCGGCACGCGAAGGUGUGGAUGGCCCGGCCAACUCCAACGCACGCUCCUUUGCCACCUCAGCUGUCUUGCUCAUCACCAAAGACGUUCUCAAAGGCAACGACUUUGAUUGGGAUGCCUUUGCGGCCCGUUUCCCGCACUGUCGGCGAACAAGCAAGCCAGAAGAGUGCACGCACUUCAUCACGGCGAAGCCGUCCAAGACGGAGCAGUUCCUGUGCUGUCUCGCAGCCGGGCACUGGAUCCUGACGCCGGCGUACUUGAGCGCCUGCGCAGCGGCGGGCUACCUCGUCAAGGAGGAUCCUUUUGAGUGGGGUGUCGAGGUCGCCGCGGUGCUGAGCUGUCGUUCGUCGGUGGUUUCGCUGGUUCGUGGGUGUAAAGUGCAGCGGCUGGCACCGGAACUGCCGUUCGCGGGGUGGCAGGUGCGUGUGUGCUGCACCAGCGCGGCGAGGACUGACAGCUUUCUGCGUGUGUUGCGCAACGGCGGGUGUACGUCGCUCCAGACUGUGACGGCGGAAGAGGUGCUGGCGUCGGCCAAGGCGAGCAAGUCCGCUGACUCGGUGGACUCGUGCGCGGCGGAGGCGACAGUGGUGCUGGCAGACGAUGCGAUGUUCACGGAGGAGGAGCUGGAGGACUACGUCGGGCGUGUUGCAGUGCGGCAUCGCUGCCCCAUUCUGCGGCUCGAUUACUUGGUGCAGCAUUUGUGCUCCCCGGGAACGCCGCGGUCUGAGAUGGACCUCCUGCACUGCCUGCGAUCGCGCAAGCGUAGCCGCACGGAGUCAUCCCCGGCUCAUUAA